AUGGUCUAUGAGGCCCUACACACUCCGACCCGCUGCUGCUCCCUCCUCCCUGCUCAGCCCAGCCCUCCUUCCACUUCUCCCAACAUCCGAGGCGCCCAGCCCAGCCCAGCUCUGCCCCCUGCCAUGUGCUCCUACAGCCGGCAAAGUUGUCGCCUGGCCCUUUUGCAAAAAGACAUUUCUGCUAAUCGAAUAACCGGAGGCAUACAGUCCGAUCUCUGCUCAAAAGCACACUCCCGACCGGGUAACAGCCCAGAGAGACGACUUCGAUGUAAGUUCAGCCACAUUUACAUCUGCAUUCUCUCUGAACAAAUGUGCUCUUCGCCUUCGGCCUGCUGUGGGAAUACUGGCUCCGUUUCCAAAACUUGCUGCACGCCGUCCCCGGGAGCUGGGCGAUCACCGGGAGCAGCUCCUCGGCGCUGGGCGGGCGCCCGGGUGGCUCUCUUGGCUUGCGCCUUUGGCUCCGCCAGUCCAAAUGCACCUGCAACUGCUCGUCUAACUAAUCCUGCUGACCUGACCAAAUUCAGGAAAGGGAAAGAGCAAUUGCUAGAAAAGCAAGUGGCCCAGCUGGCAGCUGCGUAUAUUAAUGUGGUGGUGGUUUGGGGGGAAAUUGAUGAGAAGACCCUAACACACGCUGACAAGUACGGCAUCAUGGUGAUCCAGGUGAACUCCCGGCGGGAGAUGGUUUACCUGAGUGCCGUUUUGGGCACACCUCUGAUGCCUUAUCUGCUUCCUCCUCUGGAGCCAGGGAAGUGUCAGAGGGUGUACGGGCAGGAGCUGGUACAAGGUUUGGCUGUUGUGUUUGAGUGGGAAUGUCCAGGCACCCCUGCCCUCACCUUGGUCCUCAGGGGGGCCACCACUGAGGGGCUGCGGGGUGCUGAGCAGGCUGCCUACCAUGGCAUUGAUGCUUACUUCCAGUUGUGUCAGGACCCCAGACUGCUUCCGGGAGCUGGGGCCACGGAGAUGGCUCUGGCAAAAAUGCUGAGAGAGAGAGGAACCAAAUUGGGAGGACCCAGUGGUCCCACCUUCCUGGCAUUUGCCCAGGCACUGCAGUCUCUCCCCGAAACCUUGGCAGAGAAUGCAGGCUUAGGCGUCUCAGAGGUGAUGGCAGAAAUGAACGGAGCUCACCAAGCUGGGAACUUCCUAACAGGAGUGGGAGUCGAAGGGAUAAUAAAUGUGGCCCAGGAAGAGGUGUGGGACAUCCUAAUAGCCAAGGCCCAAGGACUUCAAACCGUGGCUGAUGUGGUACUACAGCUCCUGACUGUCGAUGAAAUUGUAGUAGCCAAGAAAAGUCCCUCGCAUCAGCAGGGCUUGAAUCCUAAUCCUAAGAAGGCAAAGGAACAAGCAUCUCCCGUGGGGAAGAAAAGUCCUUGGGGCCAGUAAGUGGCACAUCCUCAAUAAAAUGGGACUGCCCAGGAGGGCGCCACUACCUCGAAAAUGAACGUUUGCCUUCUGUUCCAUGUUUGCUGCUCUUUGGGUCAGUUUCUUUAGAUAAAAGCAACAUAAAGGACCUUAAAAUUUUUACUUGUCUUUUUCAUUGAUUUUACUUCCUUUCAGAUUUUUGCCCUUUUUUCCAUUUCUUGUUUCUCUCCAUCAGAUUCUGUUCCUUUCCUCCAGGAAGAGCUGGAUUCAGUUCUAUUAAAGAUUUUUAAAUUGAGUA